GCGCCCACGACCCCAUCAUUCGGUGCUUUGUACCACCCACCACUUUCUUUCUCAUCCUAUCAUGACCUCUCCUCCCGAAACGUGGGAUAAUGAGGACGUCUCGCAAAUCGAUCCUUUCGUUCCUGUCUUCACUUCACACUCCCGCUCCCGUUCUUUGCAACAAUCUAGUGAUCUACUAGGCUCUCCGCUAACCGGAGAACAUGCGCCGCUCCUCAAUCGACCAUCUCGCGUCAAGAAGCCGUUCUACAGGCCACGGCCGCUGUGGCUCGUGCCAUUCGCAGUCAUCUCCGCCCUCGUCCGCGGGAUGACCCUUGCGCCUCGCAUCGAAGUGUUUACUCAACUGUCAUGCAGUCGGUUACAUCAUAGCUACAACCACACGCGCGCCAUCGAUCCUCCUCCGCCGUUCGUACCCCCGCGCGGGCCUCUCUAUUUCUCGGCGGACCCGCUUGGACCUCAGCUCGUUCCCAGCGACAAUGCUCCAAUCCUAGCAUUUGUUGGGGAGCCGACGAAUAACGAGCCGUGGGACGACACGGACACGGGUGGGGACGAUGUACGGCGGCUGCCCUCUGCGAGAUGCAUGGCCGACCCCGCGGUCCAAGCGGGUGCUGCGCGGCUGCAGACUAUCUUCACUACGACGAUGGGCUUGCUCAGCGCGUUCACCACGAGCUGGUGGGGUCAUUUCGGGGAACGGCAUGGACGGACGAGAGUUCUCGCUUUCACCACGAUUGGGCUCUUAAUGACGGACCUCAUCUUCAUAUUAUCAUCUACGCCGUCUUCACCCUUCUCCUCCCAUGGUCACAAACUUCUACUGGUCGCGCCCAUCAUCGAGGGACUGCUCGGCAGUGCUUCAACUCUUCAAUCCGCAACUUCAGCCUAUAUUUCGGACUGCACAUCGAGUGGUAGUCGGGCCUCAGUGUUCUCUCGGUUCACGGGUGUGUCAUUCCUCGGAUUCGGACUUGGACCCAUCAUCGGUGGAUAUCUCAUCCGCAAUCCUAUAUCGUUCUUGGAUGGUCCGCCCCACCCUGGGCAGGUCAACACGCCCUCCGUGACCUCUGUGUUCUGGGUCGCGAUCGUCCUUCAAUUCAUCAACUUGUGUCUUGUUGCGCUGGUCUUCCCCGAGUCGGUGUCCAAGGAACAACGCGCCCUUGCUGCUGGCAAUCACAAGGGCAAGGGCAAGGCUAGAGAUAAUUCGACUAGAUUAGCCGACGUCGCCGAGGAAACAGAGGUCGAGUCCGGAUUCUUGACAAGGCUUCUGUCUCCUUUGGCUGUUUUCAUGCCGGUGUCGAUUACUAUUCCUGGGACGACGCGGAAGAGAACUGACUGGAGCCUGACGUUUGUUGCCUGUGCGAUGUUUGGAUAUAUGCUUUCCACUGGACUGUAUCAAAUCAAGUAUCUAUAUGCCGGCCAUGUGUAUGGCUGGGGUGCCGAGCCGCUCAGCUACUAUAUAUCACUGUUGGGAACCACGCGUGCCGGUUUCCUGUUGUUUGUAUUUCCCCUGAUCAUCUCUACUUUCAAACCCAAGUCCGACGCUCCCAAGGACAAGGCGAUGUCCAAAGCCGAGAGACCUAAGCCGACCAAGGGGCAACUUGCCAAAGAAAUCCGAUUCGACAUGGGGCUCAGCCGGCUCUCGUUGAUCACCGAUAUCCUAGCCAACACAGCGAUAUUGGUUUCUCCGGCUCCGACCUACAAGAUGCAUUCGAAUCUUAUGAACGAUCUGGUGCCGCCGUCCACGGGCAACUCGGAGUUCCAGAAGUCGCAAGCGUUGUUUGUUUUUGCUAGCUGGGUGCAGUGCAUGGGCGCUGGUAUUGUUCCUGCCAUCCAGAGUCUUGCCUUGUGCAUCGUACAAGCUCGCUCGUUGCUUGCCUCCGAAUCUGGCCAACUGCAAACGAAAGAUGCUGGUGCCGGUGCAUUGUUCGGUGCACUGGCUGUUUUGCAAGCUAGUGGGCAGAUGGUUCUUGGGCCUCUUCUGUUUGGCCUGGUAUAUAGCGGCACUGUUUCAGCGUUCCCAAAGACGGUGUUCGUACUCUCGAUCGGCAUCCUCAUCACAUCGUUCAUCGCCAUUCUUCUUGUGCGAAAUCCGCUGUCCAAUGCCAAUGGCAAAGGAGCUAUGCGCAAACGUCGACGGGUCAGUGCUAGUCAAGAGCAAGAGGAGUCUACUCGUGGCAGAUCUCGGGUCAGCAAGGAUCUCGGCUAUGGCAGCACCAUGCAGCGACCGCCAGCGCUGGGGGAGCCAUCCUCCAGCGGACGGCUGGGGUCGAAUCCCAAGAUCGAUCCGAACCAACUCUCUCCGGGUUCCCUUGUCAUCAUGAACAGCGCCGAUCCUUCUGCUGAGCCCUUCAUCACGACGAGAGAAGCGUUCCUAAACGCGAUCCCGGACAGCGGUCCGCUAGUUCGGCCCUGUGGGAACUGCCAGAACGUACCGCCCAAAGGCAAAGAGUUCUCGAAAUGCGCAAAAUGCGGGGGCACAUACUAUUGCAGCCGCGAAUGCCAAAUCGCCCACUGGAAGGAACACAAAGCGACAUGCAAGCAUCGUGUAGGAAUGAAUGCGAAGUUUGCGCAGGCCAAGGAGGCCGCGCUGGCAGCGGGGGAGAAGUACUUUCAUCCCGCUACGUUACAGUCGUGGUAUCGCAUCAACCACGCUGCCAUCGAGUACGCUGGAUUCUAUGCGUUGGAACACCACAAGGGCUUCGUGCAGUCGCUGAUCCGGACGCACGUCGCGCUGUUCCUGGUACGUGUGGACGAAAACGCAACAGAAGACCCGAGGGCCGUCCGCCUGGAAAAGGUCGUUCCGAUCCUGCUGACGGAGCUGGCUGCGAUGCUGCGGAUGACCGAGUCGAAUCUCGCGCAGUGCAAGAGGGCUGCGCGCAUGGGCCAGAUGGCUCUGUUCUUCAUGGACAUGAAAGCCAAUCUGCAAGUGCUCGAGUUCCACGAGCCGCCUUCACCCGAGCCGUAUCUCAAUGGGACGAAACCACUCGACCCAUUCUGGGAAAUCCAUGUCAUGCUCAAGGUCAAUGGGGGCCUGCCAGCCGAGGAAGAGGAGAAAACGGAGACAGAUGCUACGGCGGAAAUGCCUGCGGUGGAGGCGCAGUUAGAGCCGGAAAAACCGGCGGAAACAGACCCUGCAACUGCGGAGCCGGAGCUCCUUAAGUGGGACCCGUCGAUCAAAAGAAGCGUUCAACAUCUUCCAUCCUCUCUUCAGUCUUCACUUCUACUUUCGAAGAUGUCACAAUGGCUGAACAGGUCGGCGUGGGCCCUCGAGCCCGAAGCGUCGACGUUUGCGCCGAAUUCGCGGUGGAGCAAUAAGGACAUGGAUCCCGUGCCGGAGAAGUUAAGGACCUGGACGACUUGGACGAAUACUGCUUCAUGGGAACUAGCGAGCUCGAUGAUUGCGGUCGGGCUUUCAUGGCGACAAGCACUCCCUGCUAUUGCAGUCGGUCACAUCAUUAUCGGAGUAGCCAUGGUACGGUCGUACUCGGCUGUCACGCAGAGCACAUCACAGACCGUUCGAGCAGGUCCUCAACGGGACCGCGGGCGCGCGGCUGCAUAUACCGUUCCCGGUGCUAACGCGAUCCUCGUUCGGAUUUUGGCUCAGCUACUUUGCGGUGAUCUCACGGGUGGUUCUUUCAAUGUUCUGGUUCGCAAUCCAGCUGCAAAGACGUAUACGGGAUCCGAAUGUGUUUAUCAAAUGCUGAAAGCAAUUUGGCCCUCUGUUGCCCACAUCCCCAAUCAUCUGCCGGCGUCUUCAGGGAUAACCACGGUUGGAAUGAUGUGCUAUUUCCUGUACUGGCUGGGGCAAUUUCCGUUCUUACUCAUCUCGCCGCAGCGGAUCCGGUACCUAUUCGUUCUCAAGGCAGCGAUUGUGCCCGUGACAUGGCUGGCGAUGUUGAUCUGGGCACUGCACAAGGUCCCACCGAGGCUCAGUCUCCAGCCGCAGCACGAGACGCUUACGGGCAGUGCGGCGAGCUGGGCCUGGUUGAGCUCGCUGAACAGUGCACUGGGCAUCUACGCGACUCUAGCAGUCAACAUCCCUGACUUCACGAGAUACGCUCAAAACGAGCGGGCCCAGUACGUGCAGCUUGCUAUUAUUCCGGUGGCGUUCACUCUGGCUGGGUUCUGCGGCAUGGCUGUGGCGUCGGCCAGCGAGCAUCUCUAUGGGACGAUCAUCUGGGACCCACUUCAACUGAUUGACCGCUGGGACAACCGCGCCGCUGCCUUCUUCGCUGCGUUCAGUUUCUCGCUUGCCAGUGCGCCAAAAGCUUUCGGUACUCAUGGGAUGUCUGUGACUUACCAAUCCACAGCGCUGGGGACCAACAUAUCUGCCAACUCGCUCUCGGCUGCUAAUGACAUGACCGUCCUCUUUCCCCGGUACAUCAACAUCCGGCGGGGUCAGAUCAUCUGUGCCAUCGUUGGAGGUUGGGUUCUGUGCCCAUGGGAGAUUCUCAACAGCGCUCCUGGAUUCCUCACCUUCAUGUCUGGCUACACGGUCUUCCUGGGGCCUUUCACGGGGAUUAUGAUCGUAGAUUAUUGGCUGAUUCACCGCGGCAAAGUGGAUGUGCCCGCGAUGUAUGAUCCUAAAGGAAGGUACAAGUACUGGAAUGGGAUCAACUGGAGAGCACUCGUUGCCUUACUCUUGUCCGUCACACCCGGUCUGCCCGGCCUGGCACAGAGCAUCAAUCCCAAGAUCAAUGUCGGAAAUGAGGCUAAAAUCUUUGAUAUUGCAUGGAUCUACGGAUUUGUCACUGCCGGGGUGGUCUACGGCAGUCUGUCCACCCUAUUUCCCGCCAAGGAGACCUAUCUCGAAGCAGCAGAUCUGGGGAAAUCGGCAAGUGUCACAUCGGUGGAGGAAGAGAAAUCCGAUUAUGCCUAG